AUGCCUGUGGAACUUAACGCCAGCAAUGAAAUGGAUACUGAUGAACAUAAUGCGGAUGGACAAUCAGAAUCAGGCAGUAACUAUUCAACCGCAGGCCAGGGAAAAGAAACAAAUUAUAGUUUGGACAAGAGCAAAGGAACAAAAUAUAACCUUAAUCUCGAUUCUCUUCAUUACGGUACCGUGGUUGGAUCUGGAGCAACUGGUCAAGUCAUUCGACUCAAGGACAGCAACAUUGUUGUGAAGCAAUGUGAUUCUUAUAACAAUCCUGAAGGAUUCAAAAUGCUGAAGAACGAAAUAUCAAUUUACGAAAAGCUUUCCCCACUCAAUCUAAAGUAUAUCCCUCGUUAUUAUGGACAGUGCGAAUAUUAUGGGCAACAUUUCAUUGCGUUGGACUAUAUUCCCGGAAACCAUUGUGAUUGGAGAGCAAACAGUGAAUUGAAGAAAAAGUUGAAUCGUGUUAUUCGAGACUUGAAAUCGGUUGGCGUGGUUCAUCAGGACUUGAGACCAGAAAAUGUGCUUUUAACUCAUGAUGGGGAUAUCAAAUUGAUUGAUUUUGGUAAAGCAGAGAUUAAAUAA